AUUCGUCGACUGGAUAUCAUUAGAGGACCCAUUCAUAGCUCAGUCGUUGUGCUUCGCGCUAAUGAGGUAACCCAAAGUGAUAUGACAAGCCAAAUUACUGGAGUUGGGAUGCUUCGUCCGACACGGCCUGAAUUAAAGAUCGGCCAUCAGUACGAGCGAGACUAGUGACGAGGACGGACGGACCGCCGUGUUGUGAUGUUACGGAAAGAUACCGUGCUCUGAAACUGUAGUAACUGCGGUGAAAACUGUCUACUCCCUACCACAGGAUAACACAGGUUCGGAGUACUCUACCCAGGAAGGCUACGAUUCUCAUACUAACUGGACUUGUCAGUUAAUCUUGGGCUAACAUUGGUGGCAGACCUGCAGAAGAUGGACCCAGCGGUGUCCGCAUUCAACUCUAUGACAAACGGAAACGCAGACAACAAUCAGCUCCAAAUGAACGGCAGUUUAGUGUCUCAAGCUACCAACAACCCCCCAGGAAAUGGGGGCCCGAACGGAGGGGGUCCGGUUAAAGCGUGUGGGGGGUGCGGGGCACGCAUCGUGGACAGAUUCCUGUUACACGCGUUAGAUAGAUACUGGCACACAGGUUGCCUGAAGUGUUCAUGUUGUCAGGCACAGCUUGGGGAAAUCGGGACAUCGUGUUUCACAAAAGCAGGAAUGAUUCUUUGUCGGAAUGAUUACAUUCGGUUAUUUGGGUCUGGAGGUACAUGCGCUGCCUGUUCACAAAACAUUCCUGCCAGCGAGCUCGUGAUGCGCGUGCAAGGCAACGUAUAUCACUUGAAGUGUUUCACGUGCGUCUCGUGCCACGGGCAGCUUGUGCCAGGAGAUAGGUUCAGUAUUGUCAACGGCAGCUUACUCUGUGAACAAGAUUACCCAAAAGUGCUAAAAGGUCACGCUUCGCUGCCCGCACGGACGGCACAUAAGGUAUGUUGAUGGGUGACUCUAAAGACUGUUCAGGUCCUCUUCUGUGGCUACUCGUCUGUUAGAGGGAUAUUUCACAAAUCUUCAUCCAACUUUUGCAUCUCCAAUCAUCGGAUCAGCAGCGGCAACAGCAGCAGCAGCUCGCAGUGGUGUGCACGGCAACGUUCUGCCUGUUGGAUGCCCUACGUUUGUCAACACACAAACAAUGCCAGGCCGUGUCGCCAAGGAUCAACAAGUGGCUAAAUAUUGAAAGUGAUGACGAUUCUUGAAAUCGCCAGAGUGCAGGAAACAAAAUAGCCGACAACUCGAAAUGGCGAACCAUUGUCGUCUGCUCUUUGAAGGAAAUCACACACGUAAACAGGGACAUGUUUGAGGAGUUGUGCUACAAUACCAGCCACGAAAAGUUCUCAAAACAUUUUGACUCGAUAAGCACCAUGUUUCUGCAACUAUUUAAACAGUAUACAAGAACAGUAAACAACUGUCUGGACGAAACAAACAUGGGGAGACGUUACUUCCGGUUCGCCGUAAUGAACGAUGACGUCAUUAUGACAGCAGACGACAGUGAGAUACUGAUGUUAUCAGUGUCUUGUUCGCAAGACCAUGUUUUAUCAAGAGUGACUGGAAAGGAAGAGAAUGUACACUUGUAAAUAUUCCGUUCAUAAACCCGUUCCUAUGCUUUGGUCAAGUGUCUGGACACUCACGCCUGUCUCGACCGUGUGUUCAGUCCCUGUCACUUAAAUUCGUUGCACGUGCUAUAGUAUGAUGUGUUACUUUUAUAUGUAGGUGGCUCGAACGGUAACAUUUAAGUGCCUAUAUUUUGUUGAUAAUUUAUAGAGAUUCGAUCACAGGGAGGGCGCCGUUUCCAUGACAACUAUUCAGUACACUGUAUCUAACUUGGGGAUAUUUGUGUCGUUGAUAUGCACCUCAUAGAUAUUUAAAUACUGUACUUUCAUGCAAAUUAUUGUGAACUCUUUUUUUUCUCAUCAGAAAUAUAACAUGCCUCAUUUAGAAACGAUAGAUGAAACAUAUACCAUUUUGAUGACACGUAAUUCAUUUGAAGUCCUUUUAUUUUUUUUCGCCAUAACUGAUAUUAGUUUUCAGGAACAUGUAUUCGGACUUAGAAACGGGGGAGUACAUAUAUAGAUUGCAUGUGGUAAAUGUGCAGUGAAGGUAUUCGGUUAAUGCAUUUUCAGUAUAUUUGACAAUUUGACAUAAAUGAAUCACUCUCUUGAAGGGACACUGUUUUGGUGGGGUUUAUGUCGUCAGCGAUUUGCACCGGUUGUGUGAAACGAAUGUAACCGAAUAUCGUAGAAAUGAUCUACGAAAUAUGAAAAAUAACAUUCCUUUGGCCUAGAUUUGCGUAUAAUAGAAUUUCGUUUCAUAAUAAUGUCGAUCGUAUUAUGACAAUGCGAUCUUGCAUACCACAGGUAAAUAUUGAACACGACGUGGAAAACAUUGGGUUUGAAUCGUUUCCCUAUUAAUCUCAUCCUUGGGGGUGGCGGGGUAACCCAGUGGUUAAAGCGUUCGCUCGUCACACAAAAGACCAGGGUUCGAUUCCCCACAUGGGUACAAUGUGUGAAGCCCAUUUCUGGUAUACCCCGCUGUGAUAUUGCUGGAAUAUUGCUAAAAGCGGCUUAAAACCAAACUCACUCACUCACUCACUCACUCACUCACUCUCGUGGUUGCGUGAGUAUUUCAACUGCACGGUCAGUUAUGUGGACGGGCUUGAUCACGUGGCGAAAAGUCAAGUUACAAACGGUCCUGAAAAUACCCACUGACGAUAUGUGAUAUCGAUUCAGCUAUAAGCAAAAAUAUUCAGCCCUGAACUACGAUUUUUCUGAUCUGAAAUAUAUCGCGUUAUAGGACUGAAUUAAUUGAGUUGCACACAUCUGUUCCAAAAAUAAAUGCGUGUCCUGACUGUACACUCGUGACCAUAUGUUAGUAUGCAUGAAUAAUAUCGCACUCAUGGUCUGUAUAACAUUGAAUGUGCGGGACUUGGGUUCAGUUGUGAUUGGAGGAGGGUGAGGCGGGUUCUCGGUAUGCGCAAUUGCGUAGAUCGAUGCUCAUGAUAUUGAUCACUGGAUUGUCUGACUGACUCGAUCAUUUACAGACCGCCGCUAUAUAGCUGGAAAAUUGCUGAGUUCGGCGUUAAAUAACAAACAAUCAAUCAGUCUUGGUGUUUGGAGCUGUGUCCCACGGUUGCUAACUUCAAUGGGUUCGAAUCCCAGGUUCGCGCCUCGAUUAUGAUCCUUGGUUUGGCACCAUCUACGUGGUCCUCGUCUCCGACCUCAUUUUUUAGCAUCGAUGCGCAUGCUGUUGAUCACUGGAUUGUCUGGUCCUGACUCGAUUAUUUACAGACCGCCGCCAUAUAGCUGGGAUAUUGCUGAAUGCGCGGUAAAACUAAACUCACUCACUCACUCACUCACUCGCUCAUUUUUUUAGCUGUCCAUUCACAUAAGCUGACUCGUUUUAACCAACCCAUUGACGCUGAUAGCACGGAGGUAUGUUUCGUUUCAUCUCUGAAUUCAAAUCGUAACAAUAUGGCUGAAAUAUGGCCUGUGUGACGUAAAGUUUAAUCCCACUCACUGAAAUGAGAACGGGGAAUACAGGACUGUUUUUAAAAGCGGCUAUGUAGAUGUAUGGACGCCAACCCUCUUAAACCUCCACCGGACACUGAAUAUGACAUUGGUUAAACACCGAAGACCAGCGUUCGAUUACACGCGUCGAACCCAUUAUUGAAGAACACACCUGGCGGUUGGGAAGCCAAAUGGUUAAAGUGUUCGCUCUUUCGAAGAGCCUGGUUCGAUUCCCCACGUUGAUACAACGUGUGAAGCCCAUUCCAUGUGUCCCCCGGGGCCCUGAUGUUGCUGGAAUAUUGCUAAAAGCGGCGUAAAACUAAACUGACUCACUGAAACACCCACCCACCCACCAUCGGCUAACACAAACCCUCCCCAAGCCCACACACCCCUGAAAAUGUAACGGCCGGACCCCUUACCUUGCCUAUGGAAGAAGGUGAAUCAGGAAUUCACUUGGUAAUUUUUACUUCCUCCUCGAGGGAACGCACUGUGUUUAACGUGAUUUGCUUUUAUGAGGUAUUGUUUUUAUUCUAUGAACUACAGAUCGCUGGACACUGAUGUAAGAAGCUUCGACUAGCAACUGUGUUUUUCCUGUGCUAAUUAACCUGUAAUGAGAGCCUGUGUGUGACUGUGUAUAUAUACUGGUAAGACUGAGAUGUGAUGGAGCUACGGAGACUUGUUGUCAAUAAAUGUACAGUGUUGAUACAUU